AGAAUAAAUAUUAAAUGCAAUUGAAGCAUUGAGUUGCAUGAAUCCAGAGGAGAGUCACAUGAAAUAAGCGUAUAAGUAAAGCCUAUAUAUAACGUUGACAAUCUAAACCUCUGCAGCCAGGAACUAAAUUUAAUACCAAACGUAAAUGAAUCUUGUUUACAAAUAAUGCAGCUCCCCUUUGAUUAUUACUUCUCCAAUCCCCCCUUUCUCUCUCACGUUGACUUUCGAGAUGUUUGAAUCUCCAAAUAAUCAUUUCAACGGUUAUGGCGGAUCAUAUUUUGUCUGUCACAAUCUUCUCUGCUUAGCAUAGUGCAUUUCAGGAAGAAGAUGAAUAGUACAACAAGCUCCGGGGGAUUUCUUGGCUCGAAUAAUAUAGGUGGUUUCGGCUAUGGCAUUGGAUUGUCGGUGGGAAUUCUGUUACUCAUAACAACAAUUACACUGGCUUCAUAUUUUUGCUCCCGGGUUCAAACGACACCACCUGACACUGGCGCUAACAGGGUGAUCCUGGUGGAGCCGCCUCACCCUCAGCACAUUGCGCUGGAGGUGGGGCUCGACAAGGAAACGCUGAACAGUUAUCCAAAGCUGCGUUACUCAGAGGCAAAGCUGGUGAAUAAUAAAGACUCCACCGCGACAUGUUGCUCCAUAUGUCUGGGGGACUAUAAGAGUAGUGACAUGCUAAGGUUACUUCCAGACUGUGGACAUUUGUUUCAUCUCAAGUGUGUUGACCCUUGGUUGCGAUCCCACCCCACGUGUCCUGUUUGUAGAACAUCUCCAUUGCCAACACCGCUCUCGACUCCGUUGGCUGAGGUUGUUCCGUUGGCAACAAGAAGGGAUAUUGGAUAGCAAGUCAUUUUUGAGGUGGUUUCUUUUGUUGCUGAAAGCAGCACACCAACAGUCUUUCUCUAUUCUGUAUACAGCAGUUCAUGAAAUUUAAUAGUUAUCUUUAUCAA